CUACAAAUUAACUGUAAUCAAUGCUCAUUUCAGCUGAAAUUCAGCACUGCCUGGUUAAUGCUGGUGAUGUGGGAUGCGGAGUGUUUGAAUGCUUCGAAAACAACUCUUGUGAGAUCCGAGGCUUACAUGAGAUCUGCAUGACUUUCCUACACAACGCUGGAAAAUUCGAUGCCCAGGGAAAAUCAUUCAUCAAAGAUGCUCUGAAGUGUAAGGCUCAUGCCUUGAGGCAUAAAUUCAGCUGUAUCAGCCGCAAAUGCCCUGCCAUUAAAGAGAUGGUGUUCCAGUUACAGCGGGAAUGCUACCUGAAGCACGACCUCUGCUCAGCUGCCAAGGAGAACGUCCAAGUCAUUGUGGAAAUGAUUCACUUCAAAGACCUGCUGCAGCAUGAGCCAUACGUUGACCUUGUGAACAUCUUGCUUACCUGUGGGGAGGAGGUGAAAAAGGCAAUCACCAGAAGCGUCCAGGCCCAGUGUGAACAGAACUGGGGAAGCCUCUGCUCCAUCCUGAGCUUCUGUACCUCAUCUGUGCAUAGUGAUGUCACCCUGGGUCCUGAGAAGAAGCCAGAAGAAGCCAGCAGAGCCUCCAUCAACCGUGGGGACUUGCUGGCCCAUCCCGAAUCUGACCAGCGGGAGAGCUCGCGAGCAGCUAAGGGAGAGAGAGGUAGCAAGGUUCACUUGAGUGCUCACACCCGCGUGAAAGCAGGAGUCCACAGUCCCAAAGGGGCACACGGGAUCAUUGACCGGGCAGAUGAACUGUCCGAUUUCUCUGACAUCCGAAGGUGAAAGGAGGCACAGACCCUCCCCUCCCCUUCCACUGGAAACUUCCUCCAUUGAGUCCAUCUUCUUAUCUAUGGACAUUCCUGAACAUUUACCAUUCAGAGGGGUGAUGUCAAGCACAGGGCAUUGUGGGAUAUGAGGACCUCAGUGACAGUAUACAUAUAUAUAUAUAUAUAGAAGCAGAGGGAGAGCAAUGGCUAUCGGUUAUUGGUUAUAUCUGGCGAACUCACCACUUGCCUAGCCAGCAAGUGUGACAAAAUGUCUCCAUUUAAAACCUUUUAAAAACAACAGAACAAUUGGAAACAAGUUGCAAUUGGUUUUUCUUUUGGGUGGAGGGGAGGCCAAGACAGAUCAUAGUUUGGCUUCUCCUGACUCAGCACCUCUGCUACGCUUAGGGCUGUCUUAAAGCUAGUUUCCAAAGGGAUUUGGUCCCUGCACAUGACCAUGAACGUACGAGCUGAAAGGAGGUUGCUGUGGCACUCUGACAAAAUUAAUAUCAGUUCCUUUUCUCAUAAUUUCUGAGCCAUUGUUUGCAUCUGGGUGAUGCUGCCUAACUAAUGUUCUCCCUCUCAUUUGUAUUUUAACCACUGUUAAACUUCACUCUUACUUAUCCAGUGACUUCCCCAGCUUCCAGGCAAGACAACUUGACCAUUAAGACCUGCUUAACAACACAAUGAGCACAUUUUCUGUGGACCUCCAAAGUCCCCAAGUAUAUCCUUUUUCAGGACCCAGAGAAAAGCAUAUUUUAGGGCAGCCUCUCUUCUCUGCCUGUGGACAACCCAAAAUGUCAGAAGCAGGUGCAGACAGCUGAUGCAUCCUCAAAACUUUAUGGAUGUAGUUGGUGUGUUGGAGGCCCAUUGAAAAUCUCUCUUUCCUAUUCUCUUUGGAAGUAGCAGGAUGCAGUUUGCAAAGCUGUUAAGACCCAGUGUUUUAAAUCUGCCCAUGGGCUGUGGUUUAUCAAAAUGCCAAAGAUGACUCUGGGAUGGGUACAAGUGCUUGCUUUUCUUGAUAAGAGCAUGCUUUAUAGUAACCUUACACCACAGAAUGGGGUUACAUGCAGAUAGAGGAGUUAAGAGAGCUUUAAAUUCCUGAGUAGUUGAAAGUUAGAGUGUGAUGCUGUGAGGCAGCUUUUCUUACUUCUGUAUGCAGUUCUGAUUCACAGGUUACACCCUUUCCCUCAGAUACUGCACUUGAAACACUGGUUUUUGCAUCCAAAGUGGGGGAAAGAAUGAGAUUGGUGGUAACCUUUGUUGGGAAAGAACAAGUUUUCUUGGAACAUAGCAUCACAUCAAAGAUUUGAGCACCGGUUUUCCAGGUCAGGAAGCCUGGGUCAAGGAUGUAGUGGCAGGGAAACAGUUUGGUAGUGACUGAAUUUGCACAGGGAAUUAAUUAGUAUCUUUGUCUCCUGGUUUGGGAUGGGAGUCGUUUUAGUGCAGCUAGCAGAUUUGGCCAUUGCUCCUGCUGUGGCAGAUACUGCACAUGGGCAUGUGUACACAAGUUUCCAGUUUCUGUACUGAGAGCUUUGCACAUAUGUCCAACAGCAGGAUCUUGAGUGAUGCUACGAAUGAGGUUAUAGGGAAAACAAACAAGCCAUUAAGCUGAAAACCCAUCAGCUGCUUGGUCAGAGAAGGGACCCUGCUCCUACUCCCACUGAAGUCCAUGACAAAACUGACCUCAAUGGAGAGAUCUGGGAACAGGCCAAAAAGAGGCCACAAUGCACUAGUGCGGCCACAGAGAGUAACCCGACCUCUGAGGAGCAAUCAGGGUGCCUUCUAAUACACGGACAAGUUAAUGGAUUCAGUCUUGGCAACAGCCCUGUGGACAGUCCCCACUUUGUGGCAGCAGGAGGAAUGAAUGCCGCCUUGUGAAUAUAAAUUCCUAUUCACCCCACCCCAAAACUGUCUUGCUGCUGGUGAUACCAAGGGAGAGUCUCUGGUCUCCCACCUCAUGAGCUCCUCACAAUCAUCUGCCGCCCCAUGGUGGUGUAUUGGCAUAGCAAACAACAAGCUCAAACCAAAAAAAAAAAAGAAUAAUGGAAGCAUGUUAGCAAACAGGACUUGCUAUCAAGUCAGUAUUCUCACAUAACUCCAGUAAGGUCCGUCCAUCUCUUGUUAGAGGUCUGAUAUAUGUAUGGGAACCAAACGUAUUGAUGAUGUAUGUCCUUGAAUGUCUUAGUCAACAUAUCACCUCAGCAUGCAUACAAUUCAUUGUUAUUCAUUCAUUCUGGGUGGGGAAAAUAUAUAUUCCCCCAUCUUGCUUAGUCAGUGAAAAAUUUCUUUAUCAUUUUGUUGGGGGUUUGGGGGGAAAUUUUUGUAUAAGGCAUAACUUUUUCCUCUGUGUGUGAAGAUUUUAUGUGUUCAUCUACUGAUUCCACAUAUGCUAUUAUUGUAAAUAUUUAACAUUUCUAUUUAUUAUAGUGUCUCCAUUUAAAAAAAAAAAAACCAAACCCAAACACUGCUGGCUAUGAUAAUUUAAACAUGUCAUGACCUGUGUUGUAUAUAUUCAUGCCACUAGUAUGUUUUUGUUGUUGUUGUUUAAAGCAACGUAAAUAUAAUUUUAUACAGUUCCAUAAUGUUAUUGACAGCAUAAAUCAUUUAUUUAUUGUUAAACCUUCUUUCAUAUCUUAACAGGUAGGGUGUGUUUUACCUGAGAGUAUUUUAAUCGAGACAUCUAGGUAGCCUUAAUUUUUUGUAAAAUUAUUUUUUAAAAAUAAGUGUCCAGUUACAUUGAUGAGUAUUCUUCAUGAGCUGCUGUUCACAAAGGAAGUUUAGCUUGGAAAAAAAACAAGAUGUGAACGUUCCCUUCAUGCUUUGUAUCUGGAAUAAGCCUUGUUCUGGAACGGAAAACGAAAAAAUAAACCAAACUGGAUGUAGUAAAAUGCCUACUGGAAAAAUAAAACAAACAAAUGCUGAAAAAUGCUGUCCUCAUUUUAAAAAAAUGCUUAAAUGUAAUAAAAAAAUCUGUCCUUAAAUUCCAGAACUUUGGGAGAAAAACAUACUAGUUUUAUCUCAUGUAGAAUUUACAGCCAAAUAAGCUUGUAAAAAGAUGCAUAUGGAUCUAGGCAAAGCUCUGUACCUUUUCACACUAUUAUUUUUCCUUAAACACUAAUAAAUGUUUUGAAUAAG